AUGCUACCGCCAGCGACCACUCGCUCGACUGCCGUCAGCCUGCUCGCCGGCGGCCUGGUCGCCGUCGCACUCAUCAUGAAUGCACGUCGCCGCAGCCGCCGUCUCUUCUUGUUUUGCAGUAUGUGCAGCCAGAUGAAGCCAUCGACUGCCUUCACCGCGCGACAGUGCAAGCGGCGCGACGCCGUGCGCAAGUGCGAGCGGUGCGUGGCGACGUUCGUUCCGCAGUCCGAGGCAGCGCGCCGCGCCGAGCGUGCCAAGCGCCAGCGCACUCCCGCAGCGGACAAGCUGUUGCCGCCGAUGCCGCCAUCGACGCCGGCGCCGCUCUUUGACUCGGCCGAGGACCCGCUGCGGCUGGCCCGCAAGGCGGAGACGGUGCUGCGCGGCCGGACGGACCACAUCGCGCUGGUGCUCGAGAACUGCUGCGACGACCUCAAUCAUGUGGCAGUCUUGCGCACCUGCGAGGCGCUCGGAGUCCACCGCGUGAUGCUCGUGGAGGCCAACACACCGGCGACCGCGGAUUCGGCGCCGGCGGGCCAGCUCGCAGGCAGCCGCGCGCGGCGGCGGCACGCGGCGCGAGCGGCGCAGCGCGGGUUCGCGGAGGCGAGCCACUGGCCGUUUUUAAGGAGAGGAGUGAGCUACGACCCGCUCCUCGGCGUGCGCCGCUCGCAGCUCUACGCCGCCCGCCUCGACGCGGACGGGCGGCAGCUGUGGGUGACGGACUUGUCUCAGGAGGCGGCGCCCCUCUGCGCGCACGCCGCCGGCGAGCCGGCCCUGCCCCGCCUCGCCGUCGUCGUCGGCUCAGAAGGCGCCGGCGUCUCGAAGACGAUGCUGGCGGCGGCCGACCGGCGCGGCUUGCCUUCCGGCGUGGACAGGUAG